AUGUUGGAAGAGCAAUCGAAUAAUUUCCAGCCCAGUGCCCAGAUUCUAGCAGCACUGCAGGCUUCAACAACCUCACAAUCACAACAGUGUGGUUCAAAACCGUUCAAAUGCAAUCUAUGCAAACUGGGUUAUGGACAAGGGUCGGUCGCGCAUCAGUCACGCUUGACUAAAAUAGCCGAACUUAUAGCACAGGGUGAA